AUGUAUAUUGAGUUCCGACUCGGAAACUCGGAGGAAACGCAACAACCCCGACUUCAGAAUCCAAAAUGGCUGCUCAGUACAUCAAAAAUCAUAUCUGAUGCUGCACAUAUCAUCACAAAUGUGGAGGCCAAGUGGCCCGGAUCUGUUCAUGACUCACGAAUCUAUCGUGAGUCAACCCUGAGCAACAGGCUGGAAAGGGGAGAGAUUGAUGGCUUUCUGCUGGGAGAUGGGGGUUACCCAUGCCGACCAACACUAAUUACCCCUUACCCCGAACCUGAACCAGGCCCUCAGCAGCGCUUCAAUGUGGCACACUGCAGGACGAGAGCCCGGGUGGAGAUGACCUUAGGCCUGUUGAAAGCACGUUUCCAGUGCCUACGUCACCUCACUCCUGAAAGGGCCUGCGACAUUAUUGUGGCAUGUGUUGUUCUCCAUAAUUAGAGGGGAGCAACACCCUGACCUACAAAUACAAGACCCCCGAGGAAGACCCCAUCAACCCUGCAGAUUUCCAGGUUGGAAGGGUAGUCCGAGAUAUGAUAUGCUGCAAUGUCUUCUCAGAUUAACACACAUGAUAUCCUCCACCACAACCAACCGCAAAAUAAAAAAGAAAUGAAUAAACACAAAAUCA